GAAAUUUGGAGAGCGACCUCAACCGAAACGGCUCACCAGGGAAGCAAUGCGAAAUUACCUGAAGGAGCGAGGUGAUCAAACAGUGCUAAUACUUCAUGCAAAAGUUGCGCAGAAGUCGUAUGGAAAUGAAAAAAGGUUCUUUUGUCCUCCUCCGUGUGUGUAUCUUAUGGGCAGUGGAUGGAAGAAAAAAAAAGAGCAAAUGGAACGGGAUGGUUGCACUGAGCAAGAGUCACAACCUUGCGCCUUCAUUGGAAUAGGGAACAGUGACCAAGAAAUGCAACAGCUGAACUUGGAAGGAAAGAAUUAUUGCACUGCCAAAACAUUAUACAUAUCAGACUCAGACAAGAGAAAGCACUUCAUGUUAUCGGUAAAAAUGUUCUACGGCAAUAGUGACGACAUCGGUGUGUUCCUCAGUAAACGGAUCAAAGUCAUCUCCAAACCUUCUAAAAAGAAACAGUCACUGAAAAAUGCAGACUUAUGUAUUGCGUCAGGGACAAAAGUGGCACUAUUUAAUAGACUUCGAUCCCAAACAGUUAGCACCAGAUAUUUGCACGUAGAAGGUGGUAAUUUCCAUGCCAGUUCACAGCAGUGGGGAGCGUUUUACAUUCACCUCUUGGAUGAUGAUGAAUCAGAAGGAGAAGAAUUCACAGUGAGAGAUGGCUACAUACAUUAUGGUCAGACUGUCAAACUUGUAUGCUCAGUUACUGGCAUGGCACUCCCAAGACUGAUAAUUCGAAAAGUAGAUAAACAAACAGCGUUAUUGGAUGCAGAUGAUCCAGUAUCGCAGCUCCAUAAAUGUGCAUUUUACCUUAAAGACACUGAGAGAAUGUAUUUGUGCCUUUCCCAAGAGAGAAUAAUCCAAUUUCAAGCCACUCCAUGCCCAAAAGAACCAAAUAAAGAAAUGAUUAAUGAUGGAGCUUCUUGGACAAUCAUUAGCACAGAUAAAGCAGAAUACACAUUUUAUGAGGGGAUGGGACCAGUCCAUGCUCCUGUGACACCUGUGCCUGUUGUAGAAAGUCUUCAAUUGAAUGGUGGUGGGGAUGUAGCAAUGUUGGAACUUACAGGACAGAACUUCACUCCAAAUUUACGUGUCUGGUUUGGGGAUGUGGAAGCAGAAACCAUGUACAGGUGCGCAGAGAGCAUGCUGUGUGUUGUUCCAGACAUUUCUGCAUUUCGAGAGGGUUGGAGGUGGGUCCGUCAGCCAGUCCAGGUUCCAGUAACUUUGGUCCGUAACGAUGGCAUAAUUUACUCCACCAGCCUUACCUUUACAUACACACCGGAACCAGGGCCACGACCACACUGCAGUGCUGCUGGAGCAAUCCUCAGAGCCAACUCAAGCCUCAUGGCUUCCAGUGAAACAAAUACAAACAGCGAGGGAAGUUACACAAAUGUCAGCACAAAUCCAACCAAUGUCACAUCAUCUACAGCAACUGUAGUUUCCUAACUACUGUUGUUUGUCUGGACUUUAACUGACUUUUGAGUGCUACAUUCAAGAGAACUGAACAAUUUUUGUGGUUUCAUGGGAAAACACCUUUCCAGUUUAGGUGAUAUUAUUUGAACCUUGUUACCCACAAGUGCUGAGCUUAAAUAUAGAAGCCACAAUAAAAAAAAAAAACCAACCAUCACCCCAACAUCCGAAACAUAAGAACUUUAUUGAAAAUCUAUUUUUCAG